GCUCUUCUUUCGUUACUUUUACAGUUAAAUUUCAGUUCUCACAAGAUGGCCGAUUCCAUUUGCGAUCCAUUUACAAAUCUACCAGUUAAAUUUGACAUCAACGAACUCGUCAAGGAGUUCAAGCCGGAGUUGCAGGAGCGAAACAUUUCAGAGGCAAAGGGACCCCGAGACUUUCUACACUUGCCCAGCGAAAAAUGGGUGGUCUUGCCCAGCUUUGAGCAUCAAUUGGAGCAUUUGAAGCCGUACCUUUCGUGCCGCCUCAACGAAUAUCUGCGUUGUCGGUACAGAAAGUUCCUAGAUAAUGUGCCAAAGAAUUACAUAAACGUAUCCGUGCAUGCAACAAACGUUAACAGAAUGCCCAAGCCCAGACGGAAGACUUUGAAUGGUCAAUUCUAUGGCGUCGACAAUAAGCUAGCGCCUAUUCCCGUCUUGGCAGAUCCCCGCCAGCAUCAUGUGACGAAGAGAAAGUAGAAAAUCAAAUUCAAAAAAAGUACAGUUACAG